ACAACUACUACAGCUCCAACCACAACAACUACUGCCCGAACCACAACUACUACUGCUCCAACCACAACAACUACUGCACCAACCACGACAACUACUGCCCCAACCACGACAACUACUGCUCCAACCACAACAACUACUGCACCAACCACGACAACUACUGCACCAACCACAACUACUGCCCCAACCACAACAUCUACUGCUCCAACCACAACAACUACUGCCCCAACCACAACUACUGCAGCUCCAACCACAACAACUACUGCGCCAACCACAACUACUACUGCUCCAACCACAACAACUACUGCCCCAACCACAUCUACUACUGCACCAACCACAACUACUACUGCUCCAACCACAACAACUACUGCUCCAACCACAACAACUACUGCCCCAACCACAACUACUACUGCACCAACCACAACUACUACAGCUCCAACCACAACAACUACUGUCCCAACUACAACUACUACUGCACCAACCACAACAACAACUGCACCAACCACAACAACUACUGCACCAACCACGACAACUACUGCCCCAACCACAACUACU